CUUGUGUCCUGAAUCCUGGUCUAUUGGACACUCCACACAUUUUUCUAAUCUCUCUCAAAACAGAGAGAGAGAAAGAAAAAUAAAACAAUAAAAAUAAAAAGAUAUUCAGAAACGAGGCAUCGAUGGCUCUUCGGAAACUGUUAUCGAAGCGUUUCUUCGACGGUGUCAAAAUGACGACGCCGUUUGAACGCAGCGUCGUGUUGUCUUCGCCUCUGCAACAAAAAGCAAUAGCGCCUCCGAGCACGACGCGAGCGAGUUCCGACGAUGGAGGAUUUCUUCGGCGGUUUUUUCUCCUUCGGCGAGCUGUGUACCACUCCGGUCCGGCGCGGCUCCCAGAGUUCCUGUCUCUCCCCGUCGGAGAGAAGCUCCGGCAGAAACUCAAAGACAUCAACGACAUCGCUUCAGCGCCGAUAGCCGGCGAUGCGGUGUUCGGGAAUGGAAUGUCUGUGAGGGACGCCAGGAAGAUUAUGAGGGCCUCUCAAAUGGAGAAGUUGAAGGCGAAGCUGAGGAACUUUCCUGAAAGUUCCGUUCAGUACUCUGAGUUUUUGCGGAUCUGCGUUGAGGCGUGUGAGAAUCCUGAGCAAGGUGCUGAGUUCGCGAAGAUCUUGGAUGACUCCGGAGACGUCAUCGUUUUGGGGAACGCCGUUUUUCUCCGACCGGAGCAGGUGGCAAAAUCAAUAGAGAGCUUAAUCUAUCAAUCAAUAGCCAAUCCAAAUGACCCUAGAAGGAGGGAGCUAGAGCAUAUGGAGAAGCAAAAGUGGAUGAUUGAUGAAAAGGCCAAAGCCCAGGUCCGAGCUGAGCUUUAUUUUGGGCUGGGUUUCUUGACGGUCCAGACCCUUGGGUUCAUGAGGCUCACUUUCUGGGAACUAAGUUGGGAUGUGAUGGAGCCCAUAUGCUUCUUUGUUACCUCUUUUGGCUUUGCUCUUGCAUAUCUUUUCUUCCUCAAGACCUCCACAGAACCCACCUUUCAGGGCUUUUUUCAUCAUCGGUUCAGGGCCAAGCAAGAGCGUCUCAUGAAGACACACAACUUUGACAUGAGUAGGUACAAUGAGCUAUUUAAGGCAUGCUGUCCAAAUUAUCAUGGUAGUGCCAAAUUUGAACCUUCUCAUCCAUUCCACCACCUUGGGGAGACACAUCUAACUGAUCCAAGAGCCUUGUAUCGUUGAAGACUUAUGUGUAGAUAAAUAACUAUUUAUUUAAGUAAUAGUAUUACUCUGAUCA